AUGUCUACCCAGAAGAUCACGCUCACCACCUCCGACGGUGUCGACAUCGAAGUCGAGCGCCAGGUCGCCGAGAGGUCCAUCCUGAUCAAGAACUUGCUUGAGGAUCUUGGAACCGAGUCGGGCGAGCCCAUCCCCAUCCCCAACGUCAAUGAGCAGGUCAUGCGCAAGGUCAUCGAGUGGUGCGAGCAGCACAAGAAGGACCCCCCCGCGUCCGCCGACGACGACUCGGACUCGCGCAAGAAGUCGACCGACAUCGACGAGUGGGACCAGAAGUUCAUGCAGGUCGACCAGGAGAUGCUGUUCGAGAUCAUUCUGGCUGCCAACUACCUCGACAUCAAGGCGCUCCUCGAUGUCGGCUGCAAGACUGUUGCCAACAUGAUCAAGGGCAAGUCUCCCGAUGAGAUCCGCAAGACGUUCAACAUCCAGAACGACUUCACUCCCGAGGAGGAGGACCAGAUCCGUCGCGAGAACGAGUGGGCCGAGGAUCGCUAA